AUGUCUUUCUCGCCCCAGUCUGUGACUCAAUUAGAAGAGUUAAAGAAUCUCAUAUUUGUUUCAUAUAUUCGCCGAAAAAAGUCGAAGAAAGUAGUGAAUGCUCUCCUAUCAGGUGCAAGCGUAUUUGUACCACAAGAUUUAUCACUGCCUAUUGUGCUAAAGAAAAGUGAUAUUUUAAAUCAUGUUGCAACGGAAGUCAGUGAAUAUUAUUACCAGUCUCUGUCAAAGAAAAAGAUAUGCAUGAUUGGAAACGAAAUCCGAACGGAAGAUGGUUUUUCCGAGUUGCGGCUCAUUAAUUUUUCCCGACAGUAUACUUUGAAAGAAGAUGAAUUUUGUGACGUUUUUGGAAUAUCUGCUCCGAAGGAACGGAGUGCGGUUCCCUCUGCACUCACCGUGAUUGUAUACAUUAUUGAUUGUCCAUUCGAGCGAGGCAUCAUCUGUCCUUCUUGUGAAGAACUAUUAAGUUUUGAGCAGCUGUCAACCUACAUGAACUAUCUGGGUCUCUACGCAUCCAUCAAUCCCCUCGUUUCCCAACUCGUUUCAUCUCUCGCUCCCUCCUCUCCCUCUCCCUCUCCCCGUCCCUCCAGCAACUCCCUCUACAUGAUCCGCACGGUGUCCACCCAGAAGAUCGCCCCCAAAAGCUCUCUGCACAUGCUGAAAGUGGGUCUUCGCGAGCGCGGCCAUAUUUAUCUCCAAGCCAUCAACGAACUCGCCAACGCGCUCUGCAAACGCUACCCCGAAAACGCAGAGCGCAAGAACGUCGUCGUCUACGUACUCAAUCGUGGAAACGUGGAACCUAGACCCUGCAUCAAUGCCUGUUUCGCGUGA